UCAAACUCUAAAUAGUUUAGAUGCGAUUUUAAAAUCUUAAUGUCUAUACACUUAUUACUAAAAGUGACUAUUAUCUAUGUAUUCCGUAGUAUAAAAUUAAAUGUGUCAAUAGAAGAUAUGACUUGUAACACUUUCGAUUUAGUAAAUGUAUCUAAAUAAGCCGACGAUGAAGGAAUAUCUUAGUUGACAGAAAUUUAGUAUAGUAAAAGCAUUUUAUGCUUACUUUUUCGUUUUUUUCAUACUUUGCGAAAUCUUUAAGUAAUUAAUCACUUUGUCUUUCAUAAGAAAUAGCAUAUGAGCACAGUUUUAAUUUUUAGAAACUAAUUUUGACAAGUUUCUGCAAAUUUAAGCUAAAAAAAGUUUUAGCUUGCUAAUGCGUGUAAAGUACACUUGAUGAAGUGUUUUUGAAUUUCAUUUAAAAUAUUCACAAUAUGUGAUUUUUUAAUUAGAUACACUCAUUAUUAUAAAUUACGACGUAAAAUGUACGUGGUAAAAAGAUCAAUAAUCAACAUUGUGGGGUUUUACUUACACAAUAUUAGUAACCAAAAAUCUAAAUAGAUAGGCUCUUACUGAUUGUAACAGAUAUUAAGAAUACGUCUUUUUAUAUAUCUUGAUGGCUCAAGGUGAUCUUACCUCCCCAACCAUUCCUUUAAAACCCGCUACACGUUUUAAGUUCAAUUAAAACGAUAAAAUUAAUCACACAUUUAACUGGCUAAUAAUAUCUUGUAUUUUGGUGUUUAAAUUGUUGAUACUAAUGUGCGUUUCUUUAAAGUGGUUACAGCCUCGUAAGGUAAUUCUUUACAUAAGUUCGUGGUAAUUUCUUAUUUCAAUUGAAUUUGAUUAUAAAAUUGUGUUCUGCGUGACUCGUAUUUGUUUCGAGCCGACAAAAUAUUUGAAAGCCUCAAUGCUAUGUCUUCAUGUUUAAAAUCAAUAGAAAUAAUAGCACCGUUUAUUUCUGAGGUGUAUAAGAGUCUAUCUAUUUACAUCUUUGUGUAACCUUUGUAGUGUUGUAAAAGUUGUAAUUUUAGUAGCAAUUCAUACAAUCUAGUAAUUUAAUUCCAUUCCUUUAUAUCUAGGUAUUUAAUAUUUUUCAAGGAAGGACUCGCCUUCCCUAUCGUGUUGGGCAAAGGUAAUUUUUUAAGUUCGGUAAUUUAUCAUAUUAUUUUUGUAAAGAAGGUAAUAUUUGUCUCUGGUGAAUAUAUUGUCCCAUAUUUUUCUUAUCUAUCAAUGUUAAAUUUACUUUAAAUUUAGAUUAAAAUUACAUUUAUGAUUGUAGGUUUAUGUAAAUAGUUUUGUUUUACAAUAAAUGUAAAAGUAAAAAUGGUUAUAAAUAUAACAAAUUGUCAUGUUGUUUAUCUACCCACGGUUGUUUAUAUGUAAUAUUAUUCAAUGCUUAUAAAUUAUAUGAGUUGCUUAAACGUUAUUUACAAAUAUGGUAUGUAUUGUAUGGUGACUGAUAACUGAUAUAGGAAUGCUAUAUAAAAUAUAAUCUGGGUUUUUAUAAUUUUCUUUAAAAAUAUUUGCAUGACCUUAAAUUUAUCUCUACCUAUUAAAAUGUAGCUGAAAUUGUAAUAACCUGACCUGAUAUAAGCUCUUAUAGUAAAGUUGGGCGAUUCGUUUGUAUUUUUUUGGCAGACCGUACAUUAACUCCCUGAUCUUAUUACGUGUAGUCUGCGAACUAGGUUUUAUAAACCCUAACAUUUUGCCUUCAUUUUUACGAACGACAACAUGCCCAUUACAAUUUAUUUGGCAUAGUGUUUUCAUUCUAUUCGUAUUCCUUCCUGUCCCAAUGUUGCAGUUUGCCCAUUGUUUUUGUUUAAUUUCAAAUUAAAGGAACAAGAGAAAGACCUUCCAUAACUUGAUGCCCAUAUUCUAUGUAAUUGUUGUACUUCGUCAGUCCUAUAAUCGUUCAUAUUCUAAACAUGGGCGUUGUCCUGUUUAGGGACAGCAUAAUGUUAAUUAGACAUUAAAUCCAGGACCUACCCAAGAUCUAAGGGCGAUAUCGGCUGGCGAAGUCUAUGAUACUAUAUACAAGUAGUACGUUUUAAAGAAAGGGAAAACAAAAAAACAGCAAUCCUCUGAUUAAGGAAGUAAAAUGUGUCGCCCACAGGAGUAGAAGAAAUGAAUAAUAUAUUUUACGGGGGAAAGUUUUGUUCUCAGUUUAGUGGUUGGCAAGUUUUCAUAAAUAUUGUUAUGUUAUGGAAAGAAGGACGAAGCUGCGUAGGAUUAGCUAGUUUGACUACAAAACCUGUGGCUAAUAGUGCAUCUGCUUGAUCAUAUUAUUUAUUCUUUGAAUGGCAACUGGUAAUUCUAGAAAAUAACUGUCAAUGUCAAUUUUUGAUUUGACAGAUUUCAAAAUGCCGCAAAACUAUGCCAAACCAUUUUGAAUUUGUAUAUUGAUUUUUUUAUUAAAUGCAUCGUUUUCGUCAAUAAUCUCCCCUAUGAACUUGAACUAUAUGUGACCCAUAUAUUAUUGAUUACAUUAGGUGUAUUAGAAAAAGUUUUUACGUAAAUAAUAUGUAUUCUCCGCGACAGAAAGUUCUAUGGUUUGCAUUUAAUUCAAGAGUUGCAGUCAUAUUGAUACAAGCAAUAUUUAACGCCGUAAUACCCGACCACGAUGCAAAUGUAUUUGUCAGUCCUGAAGACCCGACGUUGCGGAAAACAGCUGCAGAUAUGGUCGUUGAUAAGCUAUUAGGUGGUAUGAAAAGGUGGGAUGCUCAAUAUUUUAUUCACAUAGCCCAAUAUGGAUAUACAUAUGAAAAUUGUUUAGCAUUCUUACCAUUGUAUCCACUCAUCAUUCGAUAUCUUGCUUUCAUGUUUAGUAGUAUACUAGGGACAUUUCUCAAUUUCCAUAGUCUGUUACUGAUAUCUGCUACAAUAGUUAACUUUGUAUUAUUUAUUAAAUCUGCAGACAUACUACAUAGUCUAAGUUUGAGAGUUCUAAGAAGUGAAUGCUAUGCAUACAAAUCUACUAUACUGUAUUGUGUAAAUCCUGCAAGUAUAUUUUUCACAGCUCCAUAUUCCGAGACUUUAUUUGCAUUUAUGUCAUUUUACACAAUGUUCAAAUGUACUGAGAAUGAAUCACUCAGAUUUGCCAACAUUGAUAUCACAAGUGCAUUUCCUGCUGCUUUGUCUAUGAUAACAAGAUCUAAUGGUUUAGUUAAUUUGGGUUUCAUUUUCUAUACAAGUUUCAAGAAUGUCAUUGAAAGGACUUUGCCUGAAAUUGUCAACAAAUAUAGGACUCUUAAGCAUAGAGUUAUGCUCCCAUUCUUGUUUUUACCAUUUCUUACAAGCAGUGUAGCACUUUUCAUAACUGUAAUUGUUGCCUUGAUCCCCUACCUACUUGUACAAUUGUAUAAUUAUUUUAAAUUUUGUACCAUCAAUGAUCACAACUUACCAGAAUUUUUAUCAAACACUGAAUAUAUUUUGCCUGGUUCUGGGGACAGUCCUUGGUGCAAUUAUUCAAUACCUUUAUCAUAUUCUUACAUUCAAAGUCAUUAUUGGGAUGUAGGAUUCUUUAAUUAUUACAAAUUAAAGCAAAUUCCAAACUUUUUGUUGGCUUCACCAAUAUUGAUUUUAAUUUUAUUUUAUUCAGUUUCUUUUAUAAAAAACAAUAUAAGGCUAUGUUUUAGACUUGGAUUAAGAGACAAUAUUAUUAAUUAUGGAUAUAUGAAUAAAAUGGCUUAUAGGCCUAGACAAUAUUCUAAAUCAUUUGGGACCAAUGAUCCGAAUAUAUUUGUUUAUGUAGUUCAUGCAAUAUUUCUUAGUGUAUUUUGUAUUGUAUAUGUGCACAUUCAAGUUGCAACUAGACUUUUGGCAUCAGGCAGUCCUAUUUUAUAUUGGAUAUGUGCGAGUAAGAUGAAUGUUGGUCCGACACAAUCAUCAGACCAGAAUGCUAUAAAUGAACAUUUUAGACGUGUUGGCACCGGAAAGAGAAUCCCUAGUCAUCAUCUUUCAAUAGCUAACCUAGAAGGUGUAGACAACAUGUACAGUAAAUGGAAAACAUUUAUUAUAUCUAGGCAUAUGCCCGAUUUUCAAUCAAGAUUUAUACAAUGUUAUUUCAUUGGAUAUUUAGUCAUAGGAACCAUUGCAUUUUCUAAUUUUUACCCUUGGACAUGAUUAGAUUCAAGCAAUCAUAUCAUACAUAUCAUUUUACACUUAAAAUAAGCUUCUAUAGAAUUAAUACAUAAUAAUAUUUAAUUGUAUUAACAUAUCAUUUUUUAGUUUUAACAAUGAAAUUUUAAAAAACUCCAAUUAGGCUUAAGAAAUAAAUAUAGAUUUAAUUCAUUUACAACUUGGGGCCUUCAUUGAUGUUUAGAUUAAUGAAAGUACAUAUAGAGUGCUGAUUUUGAAAGCUUGAACACCAUAGUCCCUCCUAUGAUUUAGAGAAGUAUUUCUGAAUAUUUUACCCAUAUAAAGAGAGAAAUUAUCAACUGUACUAAAAUUUCAAUUGGUAAUGAAGUAUUAGUAAAUUGAUUGCGAGAUUUUUCAAAUUAAUCCCAUUCUAGAACUUGUCUAUAGUUCUUUUUUGCCUGUAUCAAGUGAAAUAUGCAUUUUAACAAUAAUUAAAUUUCUAGAUAAUGUUAGGUUAGGUUUAUCUGCCACAUGUGAUCUCUGUUUGACCCAAAAAAGAUAGAAUGUUACUUUAUUAUUAGAUUGUCCCAUUAUAUUUAGGAAAUAAUUUACCUAGAAGUAUUUAAGGGUUAUUACAGUGGGAUGUAUGUUUCUUAGGAUAAUAUUUCUUUAUUCAUAUGACUUUAAGCGAGUGUCCUUAAAUAAUUUAUUCUAAUAAAAUUUUUGCUUAGUAUUUUACUUAUAAUGAUGUAUCUUGGGACCCAAUUGUAGAGUAUUGGCUUAUGCUUAUAGUUAAAUUUUUAGGCUAAUAGACGAUUAGUUUCCAUAGAAGACAAUAGUUCUGUACAGAGGUACAGUAGAAGUGCGUUUUUCCUUGUAACCAUCUUUGGGGAACAUUGACCUUUUGCUUGUUCCGUGGAAACUAUCUUCAUUAAAUUAAUAUCUAUGGAAUAAACUUUUUACUGAGACAAUUUUAACUUAUUAUGCACAAGUUAAUAGUUUUCUAGUAUUAUAAAUAUAAGUUAAUGAUCUAGUCUUUGAGUUAAGCUCUAGUAUGAUUUGUUUUUUUUUUUUAAGUAAUUUAUUUGCUGUUGCAGUUAUGAAGUUGUUUUAUGUAUUAAGAAAUAGUGUAAUUCGUAUUUACUUCGAUUUCGAUAAAGAAUUCAUAGUGAUAAUUAGGUUGAAGUAAUCAGCUUUUUCAUAUCCAACAAUCAAAAUAUUAGAGAAAUUUUAAACAAAUCACAAUGUUUACAUUUAAUAUUAAAAAAAUAUCAUUACAAAAUUAUGGUUGUGACAUCUUAGCCUACAUUGCUGAAUGAUGGAGUUUAAGGAAGCAAUAAAAUUUAUUACGAA